AUGGAUGAAUCACCACCGCCUUAUUAUGUUCACGACCUUAGCCCAAAUAUACGAUUAAUUGGUGCCCCAGUUUACGAACCAGCUACUACUAUCGAUUCGCAACCGCCAGUCUUGCAAAGCAUAGCGAUCCCCACUCAAGCAUUCAGUGUGCGCGAUAUCAGUGCUCAAGAAGUUGAACAAUCCGGAUUCAUCUCGGCAACACCUUACUUUGCGCUUCGUCCUCCCAGUCGUCCACAGCCGCGUGACUUCUUUGUCCAUACCAUCGUAGUCAAUUCAGAUGCCAGUCCGGAGACAACGCCAAACCCUCUACGCAACUCUCUAUUCCAGCUGCGAGAAGUUGACGACCAUGAUUGGAUGACUUUUGUGAAUCAUCUAUUUCCUCCCUCACACGGGGAUGGCUCGUUUGGCUCAAACCGAUCGACCGGCCCGAACCCCACAGCCAGAAUGCAGCAAUUCCCACCAAGCAGCUUCGAGAAUGCAAAAUCAAGACCAGAGGAGCUUACAGAACUGGUUGAUAGGCUAUCUCUUCCACCAAAAAAGAGGUUUGCGUCUGAGAGCGGACCUGCUGCGAACUCUACCCGUUUGCGAAGAAUCAGAAUUGAAAGUGUCGUUGGACAGUGGAACACCGGCUUUUUUGAGCCUCGUGGCCUAAAAAUCACCCUUCUGUUCCCCGAAGAUUCAUUACUUCCUGUGAGACUACCCUCUCAGCCUAGCGCCCAAGAGAUACCGUCUCCACAACAGCAAGGAGAGGAGACCCCUCUUCACAAAGCGGUUGCAAGAGGUAAAGAAUCGGAAGUCCGUCGCCUCCUCGAGCACAGUCUACAGAACAUUGAUGCAAGAAAUAGAAAAGGUGAGACCGCACUCUAUCGUGCAAUCUCUCAAGGAGAAAAGUCGAUCGUAAAAUUACUCUUGGAACAUAACGCCGAUCCCCAAGCUCGCCCUCCGGGAGCAAAUAGCCCUCUUCAAAUCGCAGUACUAUGCGAUCAUUCAAGUAUUCUCAAGACGCUAAUCGACAAGUCGACUGUGGGACUUGAAGAAGUUACUUCAGUAGGAGAAACCCCUCUAUAUCUUGCCGUGGCUCGCGGUCAGACAAAAAAUUCCACGGCUCUACUGGAGGCUGGUGCCAAUGUUCAUGCAAGGCCAGUCGGAAAAGUUACGAUGCUUGACCUCGCAAUUAGCAGGCAUGAUUCUUCCAUGAUCAAAUUAUUACUGAGUAAUGGCGUCGGCCCUAACCAGAGAAACAAGGACGGGGAUACACCGCUCAAUCGUUUCGUUGCGACGGGGAAUACUUCCAUGGUCAAAACUCUGCUUGAAUAUGGAGCGAACCCUAAAGCAAAAAAUACAAAAGGAGAAACCCCUCUAUCGGUCGCUGUUAGUCAAGGUCACUCGUCCAUUGUCACCCUUCUCCUAGCAAGAGAUGGUGUCGACGUCAAUUCAGAAAAUCUUAAAGGCGAAACUCCGGUCUAUACGGCUAUAUCCAAAGGCAAUACCUCUAUCGCCGAAAUACUGCUGAAGCGCGGCGCAGACACCAACAAACGACCUCCAAAAGGGGAGACCAUGCUGAAUCUGGCAGUCUCCCAUGGCAAUAGUACAAUGAUAAAUAAACUGUUGGAUUGCGGUGUCGACGUCAACAUUCCAAACAAGUCCGGAGAUAGCCCUUUAUCUCAAGCAGCCUCACGAGGAGACCCUUUCGUUAUCAGCCUUUUGCUGAGUGUUGGAGCUGACGUCAAUGCUGUCAAUGCCUCUGGAGAUUCAGCCCUUUAUCGAGCAGUCUGCAACGGCAACACAGCAGUUACCUCACUUCUAUUAGCUCAUGGCGCCAAAACCGAUGUUAAAAAUCACAAGGGCGAAAUGAUGCUAUACCGGGCAGUCUAUAAGGGCGAUGUAACAAUUUGUGCACUGCUGCUCUGCUAUGGCGCAAGUCCCAAAAGCACGAGCCCUACGGGAGAGACAUGUUUAUAUCGCGCGGUCUAUCUAGGGAACGCCCAGCUAGUCUCAUUACUGCUUGGGCACGGAGUAAAUCCUAAUGAGGCCAAUCCUAACGGUGAAUCACCACUCUAUCGCGCCGUUCACCGGAGUGAGAUAUCCAUCGCGAUGAUGUUGCUCGGCAAAGGUGCAAAUCCAGACAUGCCUAGUGUCAAUAACGAAUCUCCAUUGCAGUAUGCUAUCAGGAAAAACAACAAAUCGAUGAUUCAGAUAUUAACCAAUGUCUCACUGUAA